AUGAAAGCGGUUUCAUCGGACGCCAAAUGCAUGACAGCCCGUGCGAUGUCCUCCUGUUCUCCCGACCGUCCGAUCGGAUUCUUAGCCCCGGAUUCCGCCCAAAAAUUGUCAAUAGCCGCACAUUUAGUGAACAUAUCCAGUGCACAUUUGGACAUACAGUAUGAGGAGAGCUCCUCAUCAGUGAUCCGUGCCGUCAGUCCAAAGCCGGCGUUAUUCACCAAAACGUCGAGUCGUGAGAACCGGUUGACCGUCGCGUCGAUCAUACUGAUAUCCGCCAACACUUCCAACGGUUUGACGCCGUUUGGAGAUACGUCUGAACACUGUUUGGCCACUGAUUGUAGUUUAGCGGCGUUUCGACCGGUGAUCACUACCUGUGCCCCGGCUUUGGCUAAAUGCACGGCAGUUGUAGCUCCGAUACCACUGCUAGAGCCCGUGAUUAGUCCAAUUUGUGCCCCAAAUAGGGGUGAAGUUCCGUACGUUUUCUUGAGCUUAUCGGUGGCCAUACGGGGUUCGACACCAUUCUUGAUACCGGUGUCGGGAUUAAUUGUGGUGAACACACACCGGUCGCAGGGCUUCAGGUGCUUGAACUCCACGUCCCGAAUGGACACCCAUUGCCAGUUGUCCUCAUCGAAGGCAUCGCACUCUGAGAUCAGUAUAUUUGGCCGAAAGUUUCGCAUUCCUGAUAACUUUUGCAUUGUUCACUUGAAUAUAUCCGUCGCGAACCGAUUGCUUAGGGAUGUGUUGAAUGAGUUUAGUCCCGGUUUUGUUGAGGUAUUGCGCGAAGAAUUCCUCCGCUUCCAGACCACACUUAAGUGUGGAUACCUGUCCCGAAAGGGUCCAUAUCUGGUACCAGUUGAGGUGACUUCCAGUCUAUUGACUUCAAUACCGGGCAAUGAUUUGAUGGGAUAUAUGAUUAACAUCAAGAACAGAAGUACCAGAAAUGUUCCCGGCGCCCAUGCUAUCAUGCAGAGGAUAGAGGGCAAAAUAGAGGUAUACUAUUCAAUUGGACUGAUUAUCGGACCCCCAUUGGCUGGCUUUGUGUUCCAGUUGGGCGAUCAAUACGGAGUAGGCUUUUGUGUACCGUUUUAUGUGUUCGGUAUAAUCGCUAUCUUCACAUCCCUGGUCAUAUUCCUCACUGUUAAAACUGAAAAAUUAUAUGAGAAUAAGGGGAACGUAACAUACCGUCAGUUGCUAUCAAAUGUGGGAAUCAUUAUCAAUGUGUUGAUUACCAUGAAUGCCGGCGCUCUCAUUGGAUUCAAUACAACGACACUGGAGUUGCAUUUGGAAGAUAUAACAGAGUUGUCGGCUUCAAUGGUUGGCCUCAUAUUCUUGAUAUCGGGUGUAAGUCUUGUGGCAUUCAAUCACAUUUGGGAGCAUUUGGCCCAUAAAAUCAAUAACAAGUUCACAAUUAGUUUAAUCGGAUGCCUGUCGGCGCUGAUAUGUCUGACAAUUAUAGGACCCAUUCCUAUGAUAGAGAUUGAGCCUAGAGGAGGGUUUAUAGAGUGCUCGUCCACUACGGCAGUCCUAUCAUCACUGUUCACCACAUUUGAGGCUUUGGGGGAUGCAUUUGGUCCGGUAGUCGGCGGCACUCUUAUGGAAAGUUUUGACUAUUCCUGGUCUUCGUUCCCAUUCUUUGCUUUUCAACUAUUUUUGUCCAAUGUUGUAGUGUUAUAUCCGAUGAGAGCGCCGGCAUUCAAUGUGAGCAAUACAUUAAGUGCUACACCAGUGUUGGACAAUAGUUGA